AUGUUAAAACAUAUUUACCUUAGAAUUGUGAAUGUACAGAAAAAUUUAAAUAAAAAAAUAAAUGAAUACAAUGUGAGUAAUAUAAAUGAAGAAGGUAUGAACAUGAAUCACAUUUCGAUUUUAAGCAGAAAGGAAAAUCUUUUAUUGAAGAAGAAAGAAAAUGUAUACAAUAAAAAUUACAAUAAUAUAAAUAAUAUGGAAAUGAAACAUAUAUCUGAACAGAAGGAAAAUAUUAUAAAGAAUAAUUAUUCUAAUGAUAUAUUUAAUGUAGAAAAUUUUUAUGUAGAUAUAUCUAAAAAUAAGAUGACAAAAGGGAUAGGUCAAAUUGAAUAUGAUGUAAUGAAUAAAUUAAACAAAUGUAAUAUAAAUGAUUCACCUGAUAAUAUAAAUAAUGAUACACAUAAUAAUAAUAAUAUAUGUAAUAUAUCUAAUAUAUGUAAUAUAUGUUAUAAUCCAUCUGAUAUAUGUAUUCAGAAUACAUUCAAUCAAACAGGAGAUCAUAUAAAUACACAUAAAAUACAUAAUAACUUACAUUUUAUUCUUCAUUAUUCAAGUUAUCAAAUCAUUAAAAGUUUAAAUGUACCAUAUAAUUAUAUUAAUAAUAAAGAUUAUUUUAUGUCCCUUUCACUAAUAUGUAAUCAGCUAGCCAUUAAUAAAUAUGAAAAUAAAAACUAUUGGUAUAUUCUAAGCACAAAAUUAACAUCAAUUUUAAAAGAAAAAAAUAUUCAUCAGAAUUUUCAUAUUCGAUGGCUAGCUCUCAUUUUAAAUUCAUAUGCUAAAAUAAAUUUUGUUAAUAGAAACUUUUUAAAAGGUUGUUCAGAAUAUAUACAACAUAAUUAUAAAAUAAUGUCCAGUGAAAAUAAAAAAGAUUAUAUAAUUCAUAGUUUUGAUAUAUCUCAAAUUGUCAAUUCAUAUACUAGAUUAAAUUAUAUAGAUGAAAAAUUAUUUUCGUACUUGAAAAAAUAUAUAGAUGAACAAAUUGAUGAUAUGAGUUAUCAAUCUAUAAGUAAUAUAUGUAAUGCAUAUUCUAAAUUAUUAAAUAUACAAAAAUAUGAAAAUAUGUUUUUUAAAUUGGGUAUGAGAAUAAGAGAUAAUAUCAAACAGUUUAAACCUCAAGAACUCGCAAAUAUAUUAAAUUCGUAUUCAAAGUUUUAUAAUAUAUAUGGGGCUAUCAACAACAAUAUAUAUAUGAACAAUAAUAUAUAUAUGAACAACAAUAUAUAUAUGAACAACAAUAUACAUGUCAACAACAAUAUACAUGUCAACAAUAAUUUCGAUUACAAAGAUCAUUUAAAUGAUAGUAAUCAUUUAAGUUCUAAUUUUUUAAAAAGGAAAAAAAAGACAUUUCCUUUUUUUGAUAUAUUCAAUAAAGCCAUAUCAUAUAUUCUAUGCAACUAUCAUAAAUUUAUGCCUAUCGAAAUUACUAUGAUUAUUAAUUCCUAUUCGAAAUGCAAUAUUUAUAAUAAUAAUUUAUUUUGUUAUUUAUAUAAUUAUAUUAAAAAAAAUAUACAUAAUUUCCAUCCUACGGAAUUAUCUAUAUUAUGUAAUGCAUAUGCUAAUUUCAAUAAACGAGAAAAUAAAAUAUUUGAUAUGAUAAGAAAUGUAUUGAUGACAAAAAAUAAUAUUAAUAAAUUAGAAGAUGGUAAUACUGCUAUGUUAUUACAUGCAUAUGCUAAAUUAUUAAUAAGAGAUGAAGAAUUUAUUUUGUAUUUACUAAAAAAUAAAAAACAUGUUAUACAAUAUUUAGAUUCAAGAAAUUUAACUCUAUUUUAUGUAUCAUUAAUAAAAUUAAAUAUACAUAUACCUAUAUAUAUAUAUAAUAUAUUUAAAUAUUAUAUAAAAAAAAAAUUAACAACAUUUACAGAUUUAGCUCUUAUUUCUAUAUUAUAUUCAUCAUCAACUAUGUAUCCUCAAUAUUAUUUUGAUAUUCAUUUUAUUUCUCGUAUUCUAUUCUUAUUAAACAAAAGAAAAGCAAACAGUAAAUCCUUUUGUCAUCAAAUGCAUGUCUCACUAUUUGUGAUACACUCAUUAUUUAAUUUAUAUAUUUUUUCUUUACCAUUCUUAUCUUGUAUUUAUCAACUAUUAAAUGUAGUCUAUGAUCAUAUUAACAAACAUAAUUAUUAUGAUAUUAACAAGUCAAAUAUACAAAAAAGAAUAUAUCCCUUCCUUCCAAAAAAUAAUCUGCAUAUUCAAUCUGAAGUUAAUAUAGGUCCCUUCAUUGUCGACUUUUUAUUAUUGCAUAGAUAUAACCAUGCUCAAUAUAUAUAUAUUCAUAGAUCAUACAAAUGA